AUGUUUUCAUCUUUCAUCCAUGCUUCUGCUGAUUUUAAUUCUUAUCUCUGUUUUCCAAAACAGCAAUCGAAGGUGAUUGAUAAUUCGAAAACAGUGACCGAUCCAGUGAGCGAAGUGGGCAGUGAUUGUGAUGAUGAUGAUAAUGUUGAUGAUGAUGAUGAUAAUGAUGACGAUGAUAAUGAUGACGAUGAUGAUGAUGAUGAUGAUGAUGAUGAUGAUGAUGGUGCUGGUAAUGGUGAUGAUAAUGACGGCGAUAUUGCAAUACGUGCAAGUGACGAUGAAAGUACCGUUUUAUUAUCUGGAUCUACCAUUCCACGUAAGAAAAAAACUCGAACAGUUUUCAGUCGUCAGCAGGUAUCCCGGCUGGAAAUGACCUUUGACAUGAAACGAUAUUUGUCCAGCCAAGAACGUGCAUAUUUGGCCUCAACUCUACAUCUUAGCGAAACGCAGGUGAAAAUCUGGUUUCAAAAUAGACGAAAUAAGUGGAAACGUCAAGCAGCAAGUGAAGUCGACAGUUCCAGCGCGAUGAAUAUUCAUCGAUCACACAUUUUCGCUUCAAAUAUGCACCACAUAAGUGAUGCAUCAGAACGUUUUUCUGGAAAUCUUGCAGUUGCAAAUAGCAUACCCAUAACACCCUUGGCAAACAUCGCUCCGUCGCUAAUACAUCCCGCAAUCCUAUUUCAUUCAAAUCCUACCGCAACAUCAGUAUCCACGACAUCCGCACCACCACAAGCAAUUAUCAAUUUCAGCAGUGCAGAAAAUGUAGCAGCUGCAGCGAAACUAUUUUAUGGCACUUAUGACAGUAGUGGCACCGGCAUUACGGGUCACAAUGCACUGACGUAA